CACCAUUGUAAACAUCACUAAUAAAACAGAAAACAGGGAGGAUAAAAGGAAAUGAGGCACCCAUGUGAGUUUGUUCGAGGUCCCCUGAAAAACACUGCCAUACCCCAUACGCCUCCUGCAAUAACAAAUAUCUGCACACCCAAAGAAAAGCAUGCAUUACUGCCGUCAUCAUUAUAAUACAAGUUUUCAAUAGAUCUCAAUCAGCUACUGCUCUACCAUUCCUAUCUGUUGCAUCUGAGAUCAUAGAUCUCAAUCAGCUACUAGAAUGUUCUGAUAUCUAGAAGAACGUUGCAGUGAGGCUUAUUAAGCUGCCCGUCGUUAGAGGGAAAAAAAAUCAAAAAGAGCAUCCUUUAGCCCUCAAAUUCCAGCUUCAGCCAAUGCAAUAUCCACUGGGACCAUUAAGGGAGCAAGUUCAACAACAAACAAGUUGGCCGAGUGCAUGACAUUUGUUCCAACUCCGGGAUUCAAGCAUCCCACAAAAAUAUUUUGAAGCUCCAGCUUCCUUAUUUCUCAUUUAAUAUUUUGGAAUUUGAAUCACUAUUUUAUGUAAUUUAAUAUACAAUUGUUAUAAUUCCAAUUUAUGGAACACUGAUGUGAUUGUGGUUUUUAGAUUUGCAAAUUACUUCAAGCUAAAAGGCCACAUCUGUAUUGGACUCCGUGUGCUGCACAUUGUCUUGAUUUAAUUUUAGAAGAUAUUGGAAAACUUCCCAUGUUUAAAGGUCCCUUAAAGAAGGCAAUGGCAGUAAAUGCUUUCAUUUAUGUUCGCCCCGGCAUGGUCUAUUUAUUGAGGAAAUUCACCGGCCAUAAGGAACUUGUUCGCGCAGGUGUUACUCGCUUUGCUACUGCAUAUUUGACUUUGGAAAGAAUGUACAAGGUGAAGGCUGGCUUAAGAAAUUUGUUUAACUCUGAAGAAUGGUCAAAGAGUAAAUGGUGCAAAGAGGUGGAUGGGGUUCGAGUGGCAAAAAUAAUAUUCAACAUAAGAUCCAUAGCAAAAAAAAGAAACCGUCUUGCUCAAAAAAGGUUAAACGAUCUUGUUUAUGUGAAAUAUAAUCGUGCAUUACAACGACGAUACAAUGCACGUGAUUCCAUUGACCCCAUUUCGUUGAGUGAUAUUGAUGAUAGCAAUGAAUGGUUGACGGGAGAGAUGGAUGGAGAAGAAAAUGACUUGGUUUUUGAAGGUGAAGACUUAACAUGGACACAAGUUAGUGAGGCAAGUGGAGCUAAUGAACCUUCAUAUGUGACUAGAGGAAACAAGGCUCCAGUAGCUCAACAAUUCCCUCAAGCUCUAAUUCAAGCAGCAGCAAUAAAUCUUCCCCUGAUGGACAGCACAGGUGGAGUAGCGACCAUUGUGAAUGGGAGUUUGAAUCCGCUCCCAUCUCGGAGGAUCCCCAUCGACAAGACGACACCCGCCGGGGUAGAGAACUAGUUUGUCGUCAUCCUCAUCGUUGGGUGGACCUAUCUCACCAGGACCCAAACCGCCCACCAUGUACACCGUCGGACCUCCUCCCCCGCCCUCCUUGGGCGGAGGCAAGGCUACCAAACAGAAUGCUCCUAAGCUACUCAGCAAUGGUGGAUACGCAUUCUCAACAACUUUCCCCUUCCCUCCCAAAAACACCUUGUGGAAUUCCGCCAAACCCUUCCUAGGGAGUUCGUCACCGGGUACAGCUCUUUGCC